GUUUAUUCCCAGUUUGAUAGGCAAGCCUAGGCUUACCUAACAAUAGUAGCCCAAACAGGAGGAGUGUUCUAAAAAAGUCUACCGCGGCCAAUCUGCUGAAAAUAAAAUUAUGAAUAAAGCACAGUAAUCCUUAUUUAUUAUAUUCAGAAUAGAAUUGAUAACAAAGCCAAUACUCCAGAAAUGAUUAGAAUUUAAAAUGGCAAUAUUAGCCCUACAACAAAAUACUCGGAUAUUCUAAAAACAUUUAAAUAGAAAAAUUUGAAUUAACCCUCGAAAGUACCAAACACUAAUAGACCCACCAAAAGCUAGUCAAUUGUAGUUGAAUUUGAUUAACCAAAGAAUAGAACAUCUUCUUAAUUCAAAUACCCAAAAGAAAUAACUCCAACCAAAAAGUAGAAUCAGUCAAAUAUGACAUAAUCUUAGAGAUUGACAAUUAAAAAUCAAGCCUUAAUUACUUAAUAGAAGGUCACUUAAGAAAAAUCAAAAUUUAACUCUAAACACCUUGAUGUAAACAAAUUGGAUUAACGAAUAAAAACCUAAUAAAAUGAAAAGUUUAAAGAUGAAUAAAAGAAUAUUCAAAAAAUGCCAUUGAAGAAAGCCAAUCCAAAGAAAGACACAAACACUAAACCAUAACUUGAGAAACAUCCACAACUUAUGUCUACUAGAUAAAUCCCAUCCAGAUAAUCAUUCUCUCCUUCUACUCAAAUUGCAAAGACUGCUAAUACAACACGAGGUCAUUCUCCUUCUAGCUAUUAGAGUGAUAAUUAAAAUGGAAAGUUAUAAGCUAUUUUAGUAAUCUUUAUCUUAUAUUAGACUGUGAUUAGGCCGAUCUUUAAAGAAGCAAAAUACUAUUAAACAUCUGUUGUUCAUUUCUUGAAGGAAGAGUUUUUUCCAAAUACAUCCCCAUAUUAAGUGCAAUUUAAAAUUGAAUUUCAAGAAUAAAAGGACUAUUUUAAAACUAAAUUCUGUGAUCACUUUAAUUUAACCUUUAACUCUUUAAAACAUUGCUCCUAGUUGAGUUCACAGAAGCCUAUGACCCAAAAGUUUUUAAAUCCCCCAAAAAAGCCUCACUUUUCAUCUGAUACCGUUAAAACACUAGUGUUUGAUCUGGAUGAAACAUUAAUUCACUGCAACGAUAUCAAUAAUAAUCCUACCGAUCACAAAACCAUCAUUCAUAUCCCAAAUGAACCAGAGACAGAAGUAUACUGAUUUAAAUAAGAGUAGAUUCGUUUUAAUAUAAGGCCGCAUUGCUAAUAAAUGUUAAAAGCUCUAUCAUAAUUUUAUGAGUUGAUCCUAUUCACGGCAUCUUAUAAAGAAUAUGCUGAUAAAAUUUUGGAGUACAUAGAUCCAAAAGGGAAUCUCUUCUCAUAUCGGUUCUAUAGGGAGAGUUGUUUAGAAUUAGAAGAAGGACUUCUGGUUAAGGAUCUAAGAGUGAUCGAAGGCAGAAAAUUAGAAGUAAAUUAUAUGUAAAUCAUUAGAACAUGGCAAUUAUAGAUAAUUCUGCAUAUUGUUACAUUUAUUAGUUGGAGAAUGGAAUUCCAAUCAUACCCUUUGAGGAAAACAAAAAAGAUAAGGAAUUAAUCUUUAUGGCUGACUAUUUUAUCAAAUGUGAGAAACAGCUGAAUUGGCUCCAGCACCACAAAUUGCAUUUCCAAAACUAAGUCUACCUGCAGUGUUCAACAAUAGAAGAGUGUAUACAAAGAUUAUUAUAAUCAUAAAAUUAUUGA